UUGUAAUGCAAGGCCUGGAGACGUCAGAAAGAGAAGUCGUCUCCAAAUCUCAAGGUAAGCAGCUGACACUCACACGCACUGCCGGAGCCCAGCGGGUCACCAGGCUGGUGGCAGAUCGGAGGUAGAGGGCAUUAAUGCAAAGUUUGUUAGUGCUGUGUGGCUGCGGGUCCGUGAGUGCCUGCAUUUGGUUACUGUGACUCAGCUGCCACGCAGGAGUGUUCCUGGCAAAACACUCACAUACCUGGACUGACCAACAAAGAAACAGGAAGAACAGAGAGUCACUAUUUUCAGUAGCAUCUGCCUCUUUGGGUUUUCAGGAGCUGAUGUUCAGGAGAGGAUUGGCUUUAGCUCUAAAAUAAAUAUUUGCAGUGCUCUGAGAACCACCACUUUCUUCCUUGACACAACUAAGUUUAGGAGACCUUAAAUCAUUAUUUUUUUGAAGCAUCUAAAGGUUUUGAUUGAUAUUUUCCUACAUAAAUAUGAAAAUAGAAGGCAGCCUGUCUUUUAUUGAUUAAAAACCUCUUUCUUGCUAGGGCAAAUGCAUUAGGCCCUGCAGAAACCCCACAGAUGAUGUAAGAAAAUUUAACGAAAUGCAAUUUUCCUCCUUCUCCUAAGUACUGGGUGUGUAAGGAAGUGUUUGGCUUUGAAAAAGUUGCAAGAGGAGGAGACGAAGUUACAUCAGAACCACUCUGGUUUAAGAACAUGGUGCCAGACCCACCCAGCAGCAUUAAAUCAUCAACAAAAAGACAGAAAAUCACUAAUGUGAGAUGAGAAUCAAAUGUUAGUGCAAGAGGGAGAAGACUCUUCUGUGCUAUAGCAAUCCCUGGACCCGGAGUGAGCUGGGACUGUGGUUUGCAGGGGAAUUCAGCCACCUGCAGCUUUUUCUGCUUUUUGCUCAGAUUCUCUGGUGAGACGUUCAGAAAAUAAGGACUGAAGCCAUACAAUGCACAGCAACAGAUCAAAAUGCAACAGGUACUGGCAACAUCCCUGUUUACCAGCAGGCUUGAUUCAAAAUCCUGAGAUGGUUUGGUAAUUACAGUUCUUGCUAUAAUCUUUAAUCACAGUUUAGCCUUAUGGUUUUUUCUUCAUGCAGUUUUGAUCCAAAAGCCCUGCCUCAACACACUCUGUUCAGCCCAAGUCCAAAAACAUGAUCUCAGGAGACAAGAUUUUAACCUGGUUUUGUAAGAAGUGAUUAUUUGUCACAAUGUGUUUAUAUUUACACCUUGUCUCCUAUCUGUUGUCCUGCCUUCCUCCCUGUCCUUAAAUUUUAUCCAAAUGGCCAGGUUUGCCAGAGAGUUGGGAAUAUCCAAGAUGCCAGGACUAGGAAUAUCCAAAAUGCCACGUUCCUACAACUGCUAUGAAAAAUCGCCACAAACCCAACCAGCCAGGAAGAGGAGAGCAAAUUUGGCAAUGACUCCGGACAGAGACACAGGCACAAACUGAACCUUCACAAGCCACUGGAGAACCCACACAGGAGUUUGCCGUGGCCAUGUGAAUCCCUCUUCAGCCACAGAGCAACCACACUUUGGUUCUUUCACAUUAGCAAAAUUGGGAUCAAUUUUAAAAAGAUUUUGAGCCACCAGUCUGCACUGUGGGCCCACAAGCCCUCCAGGAAUCAGUCCCUACGGCUCUACCUUUCCUGGUACCACAAUGCGUAAUAUUUUUUUAAUCAUGUCCUGUCAGCUGUCAAGUCAAUAAUUAAUCCCCCGCCAAGGACACCUUCCAAAAGGCUGACCAAGCAGCGCAGCCCACAGUGGGGAGGUUCAAGGGACAAUUGCGCAAGAUUAAAAAAAAAAAAAAAUGUUUCUGCUGUGUUUGACCUCAGCGUGUCCCAGGGAACCCUGGUGACACACCACAUCCCCCUGAUGCCAGGCACAGUGCAAACGGAGCUGCAGAGCUUCCCUUGGCCCUGUGCAGUCCCUGCUGCCUUUCCCACAGGCCCAAAGCGCCUCUUCACAUGCACGUUGCUCAAUUUUUGCUUUAGCUAACACACCCCACAACCUUGGUCACAAGUAGCCGGUCCCAGGCAGUUGGUGCAUGCUGUGUCUGGCUCUUUGGGUCUCCCGAAGACCCCCAGACAGACGCCCACCAGCGUGCCCAGGCAGCCUCGUCUGCCUGCAGCUGCUCCAGUUCCAGGCAGGUCCCUGUGCUGCAGCAAGGGGGAACCCAGACCCCAGAGAGCAGCUCAGGGGACACGUGGGGAGAGCAUACACCUGCACAUUUGGGAGGUUUGGGGGGUUUUUUCUUUCUUUUUUUUUCCCCCCUCAGAAAGCAGUGCUAGCUGCCCCCACUGCCAUCACAAGGCUGAGGCAGUGCCAUGGAUGCCUUCCAGGAGGUGUUUCAGAAGGUGGAGAAGAUCGGGGAGGGCACUUACGGUGUGGUGUACAAGGCUCGCAACAAGCGCACGGGGCAGCUGGUGGCCCUCAAGAAGAUCCGCUUGGACUCGGAGACGGAGGGUGUCCCCAGCACUGCGAUCCGAGAAAUCUCACUGCUGAAAGAGCUGAAGCACCCCAACAUAGUCAGGCUCCUGGAUGUCAUACACAGCCAGAAGAAGCUGUAUCUGGUGUUUGAGUAUCUGAAUCAGGACCUGAAGAAAUACAUGGACUCAUCCCGAACUGGAGAGCUUCCUUUAAGCUUGGUCAAGAGCUACCUUUUCCAGCUGCUGCAGGGUGUGAGCUUCUGCCACUCGCACAGAGUCAUCCACAGGGACUUGAAGCCACAAAACUUGCUCAUUAAUGAAGCAGGAGCAAUCAAGCUGGCUGAUUUUGGACUGGCAAGAGCUUUCGGAGUCCCCCUGCGCACAUACACUCACGAGGUGGUGACUCUGUGGUACCGAGCCCCUGAAAUACUACUGGGAUGCAAAUACUACUCAACUGCCGUGGAUAUCUGGAGCAUCGGCUGCAUCUUUGCAGAAAUGGUGACCAGGAAGGCCCUGUUUCCAGGGGACUCUGAGAUCGAUCAGCUCUUCCGGAUCUUUCGCACCCUGGGCACUCCCACUGAGGUGACCUGGCCUGGGGUGACCCAGCUGCCUGACUACAAGGGGAACUUUCCCCAGUGGGCACGGAAGGAGAUGAAGGAUAUUGUUCCCAACUUAGAUCGAGAUGGUAGAGACUUACUGGUGCAGUUGCUCCUGUACGAUCCCAGCAGGCGCAUCUCAGCCAAGGCAGCCCUCAAUCACCAGUACUUCUUUUGGAGAAGCCCUCGGAGCCCUGAAGAGCGACGUGCGCUGCAGAGACACCACAGAUGAGAAGACACAGCUCUCCCCCUGCGCUUGCACCUCCGGGUAGCAGUGCAGGUCUGAUUUUGGGCACUUAGCAGGGUGCUGGCUGGGACCCAGGGUCUCACUUCUCCCGAGGAGCCUGGAGAGGGACAUUCUUGCAUUUAGAGUCUCAGCCUGUUGCUGGGGGAAAGUUUGGGUUACAGCCAGCAGAGCUGUUCUGAAGAGGUCAUGUGCAAAAGGGUGAGGGGUAUUUAUUAGCAUAAACCACUGAAAUGUGGAGAGAUCGUAUCGUUGUCCUCGCAUUAGUCAGUGAGCUAAGGCGGCACGUAGCGAUUUCUGUCUCUCCAGCACUGGAGCAUCCCCAGUUGUCGGUGGCAGUCCCUGACACCAGGGCGUGCUGGAGCUCCACUUUGGGUAGGAGAGCGCUUCUCUGCUCAGCCCUUUGCUGCUGUUACCAAAGACUAGGGUUGUCAGCACUAGACAAGUUGUUUAACCUGAGCUGUUUAACAGAGUUGACAUUCUGCUCUUCCACACGCUGAAGAGCACUAUCAGGUAUCUUAAUUUGUGUCUUAGCUGGGAUCAAGAAGCCAAAAGAUCCAGUUAGUGUAAAGCACUUGUUGCAUAUGGCUGGAAACAGUAACAGCUAAAACACUGGCUUUCCAUCAUCGGUCCAGAUGUACUGCUGCUUCCUUCACUUUGUUGUCUUGGAAAUGUUUUUGCUAUUCAAAU